GAGCUCUUUUCCGUUCGGGGGAACAGGGGUGUUUGUAAACCGCUUUCGCCCAAAAACGAAGAUUUUUCCUUAUUUCUUUUGCAGCUGAGCGCAGUUUACGGCGCUGUGAAGGGCAGAAUUAUUCAUACACGACCUGAAAUGUGUCCGUGGCUGUAACCUGAACGCUGUAACCAACAUCAUAGAGCUGAAGACCAUUUCCCAACAAAAGCAAUGGCGUUCAGGAGAGAUAGGAACAUCCGAGAUAUGUAUGAGGAACGUUUCCAUCCAGAAAGAGCUGCCCCAUAUCAAAGAGGAGUUGGUGGGGAAAGAAGACCCAGUUUUGGACGUCCUGAUGACGAUUAUGGUCGAAGCUUUGAUGGCCCUCGCUUUUACCCAAAUGGUGCUCCCCGAAACUACCAUGGUGAAGAUCAGAGGGGUUAUCAUGGAGACAGCCAUCAUUCAUUUAGUAAUGAACCUAGAGGUGGCCCACCUGGUCGGAGGCAGGAUGACUACCCAUAUUACAGAGGGCCCAGAGAGGAGCCUCAUUCCGGACGCCAAGUGGAUUUCAGAGGCAGUAGUCGAGUGGGUCCCCCUCCCAGCGCUCGAGUCCAGGGCUCUUACCCUGCUCCCAGAUCCCUGUCAGCUCUGGGUCCUGACCAAGGAGAUGACACACUAAUACAGGCCAUUAUGAACCUGGACCGUGGGGAGGAGAGAGAAGGUCUACGCCGUAAAGCACCCUUUCCCCCAGUGCGGGACCGCUCCCCUGUCAGGCGGGAUGUCCCCCCUUCCCCUCACAGCCGCUCUGGAUCCAGCAUCAGCAGCCGUAGCUACUCCCCCGACAGGGGCAAGACCCACCAGUACCAGCCUCCUCAGGGAAAAAGGUUUGAAGAGCCGUAUGGCCCGAGCAGAAGUGCUGACAGGGAAAGAGCCCCAGGGCCCUCGGUGAGCGCGUCCCGGGAUGGAUCACCGCACAGCUCCGUGUCAGCCUCCAAGGAGGAGAUACCGGUGACGGAGGGUCCGACCGAUGAACCAUCGGCUGCUACGGAUGAAGGUUCCACUGUUAUGGAUGACUUCCAAGAGCGGCGAUCUCAAGCCAUCGCUGCCAAAGCUCGGGAAAUCGAGAAGGUGUAUCGUCAGGACUGCGAGACAUUUGGGAUGGUGGUGAAGAUGCUAGUUGCCAAGGAGCCUAGUCUGGAGAAGCACCUGCAGACCCCUCUGAAGGAGAACUUGAGUGAGAUCCGCGAGCGGUGUCUCGAGGACCUGCGGCACUUCAUCUCCGAACUGGACGAGGUUGUACGGCAGCCAGAACCCACUACUUGAGGUCAAUGCCUGAGCAAGGACCUUCAGGACUGUAGUCUGGUGCUUUGGGACAUUAUCUUCCCUGUUCAUCACAAAACAAGUUUGACUGUUGAACUUUAGUGAUGAAUCCAGGGUAAACAUAAAACUAGUCUUCCAAGACUGCCGAGAUGCUAUGAAAAAGGAAACGGGCAAGGAAGUGUCUGAAACUGACAAGAAGAAUUAAUGUUUACUUUAUAUAUACUUUGUGUUUUAAGGGUCAUUUUUUUUGGUCUCUUCACUUUUUGUUAUUAAACCUCAAUAGUACUGACUGAGUAUUCGUUCAGAAGACUGUACAUCCAGUUCUGGCAGAUAUCUUCUGGAGUAAUCAUGGUCACGUUUUGAAGCAGAGGUCCUGGGGUGCUCCGUGCCAUUUUUGCAGCACCACCACGUCUAAGCCUAUUGGUAUAUGAAUUUUAAAAACUUUGUCAUUUUCAGAUUUUCAAAAUUUGUUGCCCGUGUAUACACGGUUUUGAUGCUUUUUGUCCGUGCUGUUCUUUAUUUCUGUGAUUAAAUAAAUAUGGUGUAUGCAAA